AUGUGUUUGAAACACACUAAAUUAGCUAAAGCUAUAGGACUGUGUUCGUGUUCUCCGCCUGUCUGCUACGGUGACAUUCCUAUAAAACCGAGAAAGCGCACACCGCUAGACUGUUUGGGCUAUUCGCGAAAAUGCUGUGGCUGUAUCCCUCUCAAGGCAGCCGUAUUACUGAUCUCUUUUCUUUCUUUCUUUUGGGCAGCAUUCGAACUGGUCACGAUUGAUAGGUUCACUGCGAAAAUGUUCUUGAAUCACGAGCAGGUCUUGAGAUACUUCAAGAUGAUCUACAUUUUUGGGACAGUCUGCUUGAUGAUCGCCACUGGAAUGCUUGUUUUGGGCACGCUCGUGGACACCUACAAUUUGGUGAACUUCUACGUGUGGUAUGCCUUUCUGUAUCUGUCCGUUUAUUUUGUGAUGGCAAUGUUCAGUGUCGGUGUGAACGUGAUAACGACUGGCACUAUUUCGAAGAGACAAUCCGUGUGCACACUCUUCACCGUGGUAUGGAGUUGCUUUUUUCUUUAUUUUCUGAUGGUUGUCAACAGUUUUAGAUACACGAUAUGGUAA